AUGUUUUGUCCAUUCAACGAAAAUAUUCCAAUUAAAUUCGGUAACGGGUUAAAACCCCGUAAAAAACUUUGCGUUCCUUUAUAUAAUAUUUUUUGGGUAUUAUUUUAA